AGUUUGGAUGCCGCCGCUGGACAGGCUGCACCGGGGAGCAGAGGCAGCACUCGCGGCUGAAAGUUGAAGAUGGCAGAGCCUGAAAGCACAGUCAUAAACACUGAUGUGAACCAGAAAGACCCCAGCGAGGCACUGGUCAUUGCGGUGACCACCAGAGCCAUCUUCAACCUGGAGGAGGAGCACAAGCUCUACCUGGAGAAGGGCAAGGAGGAGUACGCAAGGCACCAGCAGGCCAACCAGGACAAGCUCCUGCCACCAGGCACGGCCUUCGCCUUCAUCCAGGCAGUGCAGUAUGUGAACAAGAAGAUCCUGGAGAGCAAUCCAGAAGAGAAGGACCUCUUCGACAUCCUGGUGCUCUCCAACAACAGCCCAGAGAGUGGUGUGCGCAUCAUCAACAGCGCCAAGCACUACGGCCUGGAGAUCUCCAAGUUCUGCUUCGUCAGCGACAAGGACUCCACACAGUACCUGAAGUCCCACGGGGUCAAGCUCUUCCUCUCAGCUGACAGGACAGAUGUCUGCAACGCCCUCCGGAGAGGGGUCUCUGCAGCGCUCGUCUUCCAGCAGGAGGUGCAGGCCCCCAGCACCCCACUCCGCGUGGUGUUCGACGGGGAUGCCGUGCUCUUCUCCGAUGAGACGGACCAGGUCUUCCGGGAGCAGGGGCUGGAGGGGGCAGUGCAGUACGAGCGGGCGAUGGAGGCUGUGCCCAUGGGAGAGGGUCCCCUGAAGGCUUUUGCAAUGCACCUUGGGAAGAUGCGCAAGAAGUUCAGCCCGGAAAAAUCCCCCAUCCGCACCUACCUAGUGACCGCCCGCAGCGGCCGGGACAUGGGCAUCCGAGCCAUCAAGACGCUCCGGGAAUGGGGUCUGGCCAUCGACGAGGCUUUCUUCAUGGACGGGGCUCCCAAGGGCCCCAUCCUCGCCCAGAUCCAGCCCCACAUUUUCUUUGAUGAUGGGCUUCAUAACAUCCAGGGGGCUCGAAAUGUGGGUGUACCCUCUGCCUGGGUCCCCUCCUGCUGCUGAUGGGCUGCAGGCCAGCAGUCCUCCCUCCCAGCAGCACAGGGGACUGGGCCAGUUGAAGGCAAACCUUCUGGUGGAGAGGGAAGGAUUUCCUAACCUGCAGCAAGCAAACCUCAGGGAAAGGGGGCAAGAGCAUUGCAUGAGAGCACAGACUACCAGGCAAGUCUUGAUGCUCAUUUCUGCUCCUGAUAUGAGGUCCUUUAGGUCUUAGGAUAGAGCUAAAAGAUGCAACUGCUCCAGGAAGGAAGGACACCUUUGCUGUGACACUGAGUACUACCACCUACCUGCCCUGUAGGACCUGGGGACUUUUCUCUUCUGCAAAGGAAUAAAUGAAGCUAUUGCCCCACACAUGAGCUAAAAGAAGCAUGAAACCAAGCACUAAAAAUGCUAGCUUUAGCUGCACUCAGACAGUCUCCAGGAUUUAUUCCCAGGACCUCUGACCAAAGGAAGCCCUCAAGACGCUGCCCCACCAGACACACUCAGCUUGUUUUCCUGAGGAGGCUGGUGUGCUAGCAAGUCCUUCAGGCAGCUCCAGCCAAACCCAGCAGAGGAAGAAAGACUUCAAAGCUGUAAAGGACCUACAAACUUUUUAGAAAUGCGUGACCAGGUUGAAGAAAGAAAGCCCAAGGUAUUCCCCCUUAUAGAAGAGAUUAGAACACAAGUUGCCUUUCCUUAGACAUGCAGGCUGCUCACAGAGUGCCCUUAGGAGACCCAGACCUGUCGGACACUCAGCUCCUGGAGCUGCAGAAGAUGGGCCAGGGACAAGGCUGCAACCCAGCCCUGAGGUCCAUCCAGGAGACAGAGCUGCCACAUAGCUCCAAUGUCUCACCAGGAGAGGGCACUGGAGAUGGGUUGCCUACAGCACAAGCCAUGCAGGGGCCAGGGCUGCAGACCAGCACCACAGGGGCCAGGGCAGGACUGGGUGCCCGGGCCUGAGCUUAAAUGGGUCUCCAGGACCAUGGGUGGCAGUCAUGGGUGGGGGUCCUAGGUGCGGCUGCUCAGGGCAGAUGGGGUCCGUGGGUGUGCUCAGGACCCUGCCUGGCACCAAGCCACCCUCCCGUACAGGGAUGCCUCUCCUCUGGCAAUUUGGACUUUGCUCCUAAUCUUCCUGGGGAGCAAGCAGCCCCCCCAAGAUUCAUUUGCAGGUUUCUUUUCCCCAGGGCUGGAUGUGAGUGGUUGCCACUAGAGGCCACUGUGCUGCCCAGGGACACAGCACCCCAAAUCCCUGGAAGCUCCCUAGAACAGCCUCGUAAAAAAAUACAAACUGGAUGCUCAGGGCAGUGCCUGCUGGGUGACAGCACGAUUAUGGACGGAGGAGACAAAGAUGAUGGUGGCUUAGUUUUUUUAAUCUCAACAUAAUCAGGAGGUAAUUUUUUUUUAAAGGCUUCACAAGCGUCGCUCUCACCAAUGCUUUUUCCCCCCCAAUAAAUAAAUAAAUAAA